GUGAAGGUAAACAAAUGGAGUCGGUGUGUGGUGGAAACAUGACGCAGAAUGUGACGGCUCGGUUCACACUGAAGGCGGAAAGAUGCCGGGAGCCAAGAGACGGUACAAUGUUCGGUUUCCUCCGAGUCGGAUCAAGAAGAUGAUGCAGAAGGACACAGAGGUGGGGAGGAUAGCGAUGGCAGUUCCUGUGAUUAUCUCUCGAGCUCUGGAAAUGUUCCUCAAGUCUCUGCUGACUAAAAUCUACCUGAUCACUCAGUCCAAGUUCAGCGCCGUUGUGUCUGUUGCUCACAUGAAGCAGUGCAUCGACUCAGAGAAGCUGUUCGACUUCCUCAAAGACCUGGCGGAGCGAGCCACGUCUACGGCAGCCCAGAAGGACACCAGAGGGCUGAGCAUGUGGCCGCUGUACAGAACCAAACGACCUGAAGUUCCUCUUAAAAAACCGUCUGAAGUCGCAGAGAAGAAGCCACGACGGAGUGUUGACUCACUGGACAACGACUCCAGCUCCGGAGAGUCUCUCUGAGGGAGGAGCCAGAGGACAGCCGCUCGUCACUUCAUUUAUCUUUAUUUAAACUUUAACACGAGAACUGUGAGAAAAAAAAAUAAGUUUAGUUUUUGUGUUUGGGGAUAGGAAACAUUAGUUAGAGAAUGUCUGACACAUUUAGCUGCUGAUGUAAAGUUUGGUUUCGUUUCUUUAGAUGAAUAUAAAUGAGGUAUUUUGAGUUGAAGCUCUUUAUUUUUGUUUGACGUAGAUAUUUUCUCUUUGGAGAAAAAGUACUUUGAUAAAGUCUAAUGAACUUUGAUAAUGAUGUGAAAUGUUUCAGACUUUUGAUUUUCUUUAAACUUGAGUUAAAACAGGACG